UGCCUGCAGGUGGGGAACGCCUACGUCAUCGUCUACUCCAUCACCGACCGCCGCAGCUUUGAGAGCGCCUCGGAGCUCCGCAUCCAGCUGCGCUGCGCACGGCAGGCCGAGGACAUCCCCAUCAUCCUGGUGGGGAACAAAACCGACCUGGUGCGGUGCCGCGAGGUCUCCAUUGAAGAGGGCCGUGCCUGCGCCGUGGUGUUUGACUGCAAGUUCAUCGAGACGUCGGCAGCUCUGCAGCACAAUGUGGCCGAGCUCUUCGAGGGGGUGGUGCGGCAGAUCCGCCUGCGCUGCGGGGGCAAGAAGGCCCACACGUGCCCCGCUCCUGGACAGAAGCGCAAGGAGAGCCUCACCAAAAGAGCCCGGCGCUUCCUCGACAGGCUGGUGGCCAGGAACAGCAGCAAAGUGGCCCUCAAAGUCCGCUCCAAGUCCUGCCAUGACCUGUCUGUGCUCUGA